AUGACUUUCUUUUUGGUGUUGUCCUGUCUUGUUGUCCUCAGCGCUGCGCAGGAGCCGACAUGUGGAACCCCUGCCAUCCCCCCCAUUGUCAGCGGCUACAGCCGCAUCGUCAACGGUGAGGAGGCGGUGCCUGGAUCGUGGCCCUGGCAGGUCUCCUUGCAGGACAGGACCGGGUGGCAUUUCUGCGGAGGGUCUUUGGUCCACAAACAGUGGGUGGUGACGGCUGCCCACUGUGGGGUCACGAGUUCCCACGUGGUUGUGCUUGGUGAACAUGACCGCAGCUCCCCCACGGAGAAGACGCAGAGGCUGCAAGUCGAGACGGUCUUCACCCACCCGAACUGGGACCCUGAGACUAUCAACAAUGACAUCGCCCUCAUAAAGUUGGCCACCCCUGCCGAGUGGAGCGAAACCGUGUCUCCCGUGUGCCUGACCAAGGCCGUCGACCUGUUCCAGAGCGGGGACCUUUGCGUCACCACUGGCUGGGGCAAGACUCGCUACAACGCUUUCACCACCCCCAGCAAACUGCAGCAAACGGCUCUGCCCCUGUUGUCCAAAGACCAGUGCAGCCGUGCCUGGCCCGGCAAGAUCACGGACGUCAUGAUCUGCGCCGGUGCAGCCGGAUCGUCUUCGUGCAUGGGUGAUUCCGGAGGGCCCCUCGUGUGCCAGAGGCAGGACGGUGCCUGGGAGCUGGUGGGCAUUGUGUCCUGGGGCAGCGGCCGGUGCUCCGUCUCCCUCCCAGCCAUUUAUGCUCGCGUCAGCCAGCUCCGUGACUGGGCGGUGGGAGUCAUGGCCAACAACUAG